GGGUCCCGAGUUGGGGGCACGGCUGUGACGUCACGGGGCUGGCUGAGUGUUGUGGAGCUCAGAUUGUGCAUAGGGAGAGCUGGAGGUGGCAGCAGCGGCAGCUCCUCUACAGAUCCAGGGAUUGUAUUGACACUUCAUUUGAAAGAGAUGUUCCAUUGGUGUCUAUGGUAUGUGAAGAGGAAAGAGCUCAACAACUGAUAGAGCAGCAUACGGAAGCCUUAAAAUAAAGAAAGACAAACAUCGCUCAGAAUUUUAAUGAUGAACCGAGCAUUCAGUCGGAAGAAAGAUAAAUCGUGGAUGCAUACUCCGGAAGCUUUAUCAAAACACUUUAUUUCGUACAAUGCUAAAUUUCUUGGGAGUACAGAGGUGGAGCAGCCUAAAGGAACUGAAGUAGUAAGAGAUGCAGUAAGAAAACUUAAGUUUGCAAGGCACAUUAAGAAAUCUGAAGGUCAGAAAACCCCAAAAGUUGAGCUCCAAAUAUCAAUAUAUGGUGUAAAAAUUCUAGAUCCAAAAACGAAGGAUGUCUUGCACAAUUGUCAGUUACACAGGAUAUCGUUCUGCGCUGAUGAUAAAACCGACAAGAGAAUAUUUACAUUCAUAUGCAAGGAUUCCGAAUCAAAUAAGCACUUAUGUUAUGUGUUCGAUAGCGAGAAGUGUGCAGAAGAAAUAACAUUAACAAUUGGCCAAGCAUUUGAUUUGGCGUACAGAAAAUUUCUGGAAUCUGGAGGAAAAGAUGUUGAAUCACGAAAACAAAUUGCCGGACUUCAAAAAAGGAUUCAGGAAUUAGAAACAGAAAAUAUAGAGCUGAAAUACAAAGUUCAAGAUUUGGAGAACCAGUUAAGAAUAAAUGAUAUAACAUUGUCACCUCUGCUGCACAUAAAGUCCAGUAAUGAGCCAUGUGUGCUUGAAAGAGCCUCUCCAUUUUUCUGGUGUAAUUACGAAGCUUCAGUACCAUGUUUAGAUAUCUGCUCAAUAGCUUUCACUCCUAUGAGUUCUCCUGACUCUAGAGUAUCAACAGGACUGCAUCUAACUCCUCCACCUUCCAAAAAUGUUCAUCCAAAACCAGCCAAUGAGCACAGCAUCCCAAGGCCUCGUGCGGGCAGUGUGACACCUAAAUCACCCUCCACUGACAUCUUUGAUAUGGUGCCAUUUACAUCCAUCUCUCCUCAGUCAACCACCCCUACGCGGAAUGGCACGCAACUUCCUCCGGUACCAAGCAGAUCGACGGAAAUGAAAAAAGAUCUAUUUGGAGCAGAACCUUUCGAUCCCUUUUGCUGUGCAGUGGGUGAUUUCCCUCCAGACAUACAGUCCAAACUGGAUGAAAUGCAGGAGGGGUUCAAAAUGGGACUAACUAUGGAAGGAACAGUGUUUUGCCUUGACCCUCUCGACAGCAGAUGCUAGAACCACCAAUUCAUCAGUACCAUCUCUUUUGGAGUAAACCGUUCCUUACAUUGUAUUACUGCGUGCCAAAACACAAAGAUAUUUUCACAGUAUGUAGGAGGAUAGAAUGGAAAUAAUAUUUUUUUACUAUUAAUCUGAGUUUACAUUGUAACAUUGUGUUUAAAAUGUAUUGGUUUUCUUCCUAUGCAGAAUAUGAGAUUUUAAUCCAAAUAUGUCAUUAUUUCUACUUAUGGUUUGUCCCAAAAUGUAUACUUUAUACCAUAUGUGUGUUGCCAAGACUCUUAACUGUUCAUACAUAUAUUUCUACUGAAUAAGCAGAGCUUAGUCAGAUUAAACAUGUACACAUUUUUUAUAACAA